GCAAAACCCUCUACCUCUCUCUCUCUCUCCCCCGCGACGCCAUAACCUGUAAGCUGUCGUACCAAUCUUUUAUUCGUAAUCGCUGUCGAAAUACUUAAAUCACUGUCCAAAAAUUAGGGCUCGGAAAAGUGCUUUACUUUGAAUCAUUCUUUGUUUGAAGGAGGCACAACAAUGGGAUAUAGACGUAGUAUCACCACAAGAGCGAAAGUUCUCUAUCAGCAGCGAUUCAGUCCAUCAUUUGGUUACAUUCACCACGAUGAUGAUCGGAGACGUAACGCGGUGUCUGAAGAUCCGAAAUCCCCCAAUUUCCUUCAACACAGAUCAAUUGGAAGCAGCUUUAACACUUCGUCCGGUUUAAGCGCUCUGUUUCGAGCUACAAAAUGUUCGCAAUUCUUCGUUCCAAUGAAUACUGGAACGCUUUUAAGUAGAAAUAUGUCGACUACGGUUGGUGAAGGAGCGGACAAGAUUGAUUACAUGACUGAUGUUGCGGAAGUGCUUGUGGAUAAGACCGUCGAAGCUGUGAAUUCUCAGGCACCGGCCAUAAGUGAAGUGGCUAUUGCGGCUGCGGAUUCGUAUUUUCCGGUUGCGGCGUUGCAGUAUGUAAUUGAUUAUGUGCAUUCUUUCACCGGAUUUAAUUGGUGGGCAUCCAUUGUUGUCACUACUCUUUUGAUUCGAGGGCUAACCGUUCCACUUAUGAUAAAUCAGCUCAAAGCUACUUCGAAAUUGACUCUUAUGAGGCCACACUUGGAGGAAAUUAAGCAGGACAUGCAAAAUAGGGGCAUGAGUCCUACGGCUGUGACUGAAGGUCAGCAACAAAUGGCGCAGCUAUUCCGAGAAUAUGGUGUUACACCAUGGACUCCAUUGAAAGGACUUUUAUUCCAAGGUCCUGUUUUCAUCAGUUUUUUCCUUGCUAUUUCGAACAUGGUGGAAAAGGUUCCAUCUUUUAAAGAGGGUGGUGCAUUCUGGUUUACUGAUCUGACUACUCCAGAUAGUUUGUACAUCUUUCCAGUUUUGACAGCAUUGACAUUCUGGAUAACGGUGGAGUGCAACAUGCAAGAAGGUAUGGAAGGUAAUCCUGCUGCUAGCACAAUGAAAAAGGUUUCAAGGGUCUUUGCUGCUCUCUCAGUUCCACUUACCAUGGGUUUCCCAAAGGCUAUAUUUUGUUACUGGGUUACGUCCAACUUGUUCUCUCUCAUGUAUGGACUUGUGAUUAAGAAGCCUGGGGUGAAGAAGUUCUUGGGUGUUCCUAUAAUUCCCGUGGCACCGGCCCUACCGGCUACUACUGAGCCACAGUCUGCCCUCUCUUUCUUUGAAACACUCCAGAAGUUUGUAGCUGCAUCAGUGGCAGCACAGAAGGCCCCUUCGUCAAAACAUGCCAAUCAACGUAUAUCCUCAUCAUCGGUUCUCAGUCAGAGGCUUAAAAGCUUAGAAAAGGAAGUCAAGGCAAGAAAGAAAGGCAAGAAGAGGUGAAGAAAUAUUGAUCAUAAAUAUCUUAUCCCGUCUUCAUUGGAAGCAAGCAAGCACGCACAUCUAUCAGUUUUGCCUGUUAACAUAAUGGUUUUUUUUUUUUUUGUUGGUGGGGUGGGCGAGCAAUGGUGUUUAGUUUUCGAUCGAGAGAGGGAGAGGGAAGAAAUAAAUAGCAAUAUUUGAGUGGUAAGGAUUUUGUUUUUAUCUUUUUGACUGUAAUAAUAUCCGAGGCGGCCCAAUGCAAAUUGAGGUCUAAAGCGAAAAUUUUAUAUGAGACCUCAUUUAAUAUUUUAAGAUAAUAAAUUUUU